CCUAUGAGUUUGUAUAGGAAAUUGCGAUUAAUGAUUAUGUUAACUUAGUAUAACACACAGCUCCGACAAAAUUUUGUUUUGAUAGAGCGGAGCUGCCAGAGGAUUGGGAAAUGUCGAAGUAUCGCUAUGGAGAUCUGAUAUUGGAAGCCUUCAUGGAGUUCCGUCGGCCCAUGGCGCUCGAGGAGGUAAUUGAAUACGUUGCCGAAAUGGCGGACAAGUCCGUUCAGGACGUACGCCUCUCUGUCGACAACACGCUGACCGCGGCCUGGCUGCACGGCUUCGUGAGCCGAGACAAUGAGCUCUAUUACCUGGAAUCGAUUAUCAAGCCCGAUGCCAACGAAACUGACGAGCCUUGCUCCACUGGCUACCCCACAGCGUUCACCAGCUGCAGCGCCUCCAUCGAGUCGCGACUGAGCAGCUCACGAGUCAAGAACAGGAGGCGCAGACGUAGCUGAGAGCGCAGCUAGCUAGAUAAACAGAUGUGCACGCUAGGAAUGUCUCUAGCGCAUCGACCCCCCCCUUCCCCCAAAACAAAUUCGGACUCAGAGGUGGGUUACCGGCUUGCCCCUUGCCGCUUGUCACUUGCCCCUCGGCCGGACACUCAGCAACCGUUCGGAUCCUGGACCCCGCCUCCAUGACACAGACCAAUCGCAUCGUAGCCCCAUACGUGCUGUCCGCCGGUCUCUCUGACCGGGAAGGACAUCUUUAUUAAAUUAAAACGUAUUUUGAAUAAAUAUAUUUUGUUGAUGACGAA